AUGGUUAAGAAGCCCAUGCGGUGUGCGAGCAAGGCCGCCGAGAGCGCGUCCGCACGUCUCUGUGCGGACACCGAAGCAGAAACUGCAGCAACUGAUUUCUCAUCGGUUGCUGAAGCGACUCAGCCUGUGGCACCUGAUGAUGCAGGCGCUGGUCAUGAAGACACUCAUGUCUUUAUAGAUUAUGAGCUCGGUGCCUCAUACUCUUCCGAUACAAAAGAUGGAUCUGCAUCGACGGCGAUCGAAACCAAGCCGCCUGCCAAGCGUGUCAUGGAUGAUGCUAUGCGUCGUAGCAUCUUUGGUUCAUCUGAUGAGUCAGAUGAACCUUUGCCGAAGCGAAGGCGCUUAAAGUCGCAAAACUCGGGCACUCACAGUGGUGUCGGUUCUCCUAUGGACACCACUUCACAACGAGGUGCCAGUACUUCUGUCGGCACGUCGCAGGAAGAGCGGGACCGCAAUGUCUUGCGUCUCGCUCCUGAAAAGAAUGCAUGGAUGCCUCCAAAUUCCGUCAUGGAUCACUUGUCGGCGACGACGAGUGAUCGUUAUCGAACACGAUUGUUCGAUUCGUCAAGGAUCCAUCACCUUGACCCCAGCGCGAAAGGAUACCGCGCUGAGAAUGAUUUCUUCAUCGGUGCUUUCUUUAAACAUCGAUGGUACAGUGGGAAUCACAAACGUGAUGGUCCCUCACUACUUCAGGCGUGGAACGCCUACAUCCAUAACCUCGAAGAUGUAGGUCCUGACGCUUGGAACGACAAACUUAUCAAAGCUCGUGAUAAGUUUGAAAAGCGAACACCGACAGGUGCACGCUACAAGCUGCAUCGUCUGUCAAGGGAGAAAGGAUUACCCUGCCUCUCUUGGGGAGACUCGUGCCCAUGUUGUAUGUACGAAGGGAUUGACAACCUGAAAUCCCUUUACGACCGUGCCGGGAAGACUUUCUCCGGCGGUCCAUCUGCGGCACAGGAUGUGCCGCGUCGUACUGCUCGACUAGACCCAGUACGUCAAUCAUCAGUUGGGAGCGGGGCUCCCAAGAAUCCCAGGACGGGGGAUAGCCGCGCCACCGGACGAGAUAACUCGUCCGACGUCCGUUCACGUCGCGGUGGUUCAACAGCUGCUCAACCAGAUAGCGCUGGCCACCGCGAGAGUGGUCUAAUGGAGGUGGACAAGGAGGGAAAACGCUCUCCAAACUAUCGUGGGGAAGCGUGCAUCCCCGAGAGCCUCUUUGAUCGCAUAACGCAAGGGUUACGCGGCGAUCUCGAACAUGAGCGGGACAGGCGUCUCCAAAUGGCGGACACUGUCUUGAAGCAUCGAGCUGAGUUUGCCUUUGCUCAGCUUGAGAGCGAGAGAGCUCUGACAUAUCUGCGUGACGAGCUAAGGGUAGCUCGUGGGGAUAUUGACCGGUCUUGGGCUGAGAUAACUGCUCUUCAGACCCUUUUCGAUGUCCACCAUCGAAAGCACAAGGCCCUCUGUUAG